CACGCGCGUGAUAGGAAGAGGACAGCUCCUGACUCAUUCAAACUUUUUUUUUUGGUAAACAUUGGUAUGGUUUUAUUGCGGGAAGACGUGUUUCUGUGUCGGUGAGCAAUCAACAAGGUGGUGACGGAUACCGAUACUCGACUGGACCCGGUAGUAUUUGUUUAUAGCUUUAAGACCAAUCGGACGUUGUUCUUACGGUGAAUCCUUCUACUAGUCUGGGCCCCAUUUCUCAGCGUUGGAUGGGCGUGUAGCAAACAAGUUAACUUUUUCUGGGAUGCUAGCGGAGCUUUAACCGUCUCUUAGACGUUUUUGGAUACGUUUUUCUUUUUCAAUCGAUACCUUCAUUUCAAGGUAGUUAAAAGUUGACUAGCUUUGUGUUGUUUUUUUUUGCGAGAAACGCUAACGUUACUACUACUACAACAGUAGUAGUCGGGGUGCUACCGCGUGAUUUUUCACGUCGACGAAGCCGGGGUUUAAAUCCUGAAAAAUGUCGAGCUACAGUCGCCAGCGGCACGGAUCACCGUCCCCGAAAGAUCGCCCAAUUCGUCAAAAAUUACAGUUUAUAUCCAGCGACGGGGAAGACGAACCCAUUGAGGACGUAAACAACAGCACCGGAGGAGAGUCUGGCUUCACGGAGAUGGAUUCCCCGACACCUGCGCGACGGGACACUGUCGAGAAACGGCUGGAAGGGAGCAGCAGUCCACUGAAUCAGUCCGGAGGGGACGACGACGUGGAGCUGUGGGACGAAGAGAGUUUUGGUUCCCCGUCCCACCUUCGGUCACCGAGCAGCGUUAUAUUCGCUAACUGCUCGCCCUCACCGAGGAAAACUUCUCGGCUGUACGGAGGGUCACCGGAGCGGUCAUACAUCCAGGACGACGGGGAAGGAUCCAGCUCCCCGAUCCCAGACUGUCCCGACACACCUCCACACAAAACCUUCAGAAAACUCAGACUUUUUGACACACCGCACACGCCAAAGAGUUUGCUGUCCAGAGCUAGGACCUCCGGCCCAGGAUCCUCCAGCAGGAGAGUUGCCCUGUUCAAGAAUGUAGAGUCUUCAGGAAAGUCACUCACAGACAGCAACAGGAGACAGCAGACCCCUCUGGUCAACUUUAACCCCUUCACACCCGAUUCCCUCCUCAUCCAGUCUGCAACACAACAGAGAAACAACAGGAAGCGGUCGCACUGGAAUGACUCUUGUGGAGAAGACAUGGAGGCAAGUGACGGUGAGGGAGAGGAGGAAGUUUUGCCGCCAUCAAAGAGAAUCACCAUGAUGGAAAGCAACAUGAUGUCCAGGUACGCCUCAGAGUUCCUCGAGCUGGAGAAGAUCGGCUGUGGGGAGUUUGGUGCUGUGUUCAAGUGUGUGAAGAGAAUCGAUGGCUGCAUUUAUGCCAUCAAGAGAUCAAAGAAACCUCUGGCAGGAUCAGUAGACGAACAGAACGCCUUACGGGAGGUGUAUGCCCACGCUGUGCUCGGCCAACAUCCCCACGUGGUGCGCUACUACUCGGCCUGGGCCGAGGACGACCACAUGCUCAUUCAGAACGAGUACUGCAACGGCGGCACGCUAUCUGACGUCAUCGCAGAGAACUACAGGCGGCUCAGUUACCUGUCCGAGCUGGAGCUGAAAGAUCUGCUGCUGCAAGUUACACGCGGACUCAAGUACAUCCACUCUACUUCUCUGGUACACAUGGACAUCAAGCCCAGCAACAUCUUUAUUUCACGGAAGGCUUUAGCCAACUGCGAUGAAUGUGAUGACGAUGACGGACGGAUCACCAGUGCGGUCUACAAAAUAGGUGAUCUUGGUCAUGUGACAAGAGUGAACAAUCCACAAGUGGAGGAGGGCGACAGCAGAUACCUGGCCAAUGAAGUUUUACAAGAGGACUACAGUAACUUGACGAAGGCGGACAUCUUUGCUCUGGCUCUGACUGUUGUCAGCGCUUCGGGGGCGGAGCCUCUUCCCACCAACGGAGACAAAUGGCACGAGAUCCGACAGGGCAAACUCCCCGCCAUCCCCCAAGUGCUUUCUCCAGAGUUUCUCAGUCUUCUCAAGCUGAUGAUCCACCCCGAUCAAAGCAGACGACCAUCAACGUCCGACCUCAUCAAACACCCGGUGCUCCUCACUGCUGCCAGAAUGAGCGCUGACCAGCUCAGAGUUGAGCUCAAUGCAGAGAAGUUCAAGAACGCACUGCUCCAGAAGGAGCUGAAGAAGGCCCAGAUGGCUAGAGCUGCAGCAGAAGAGAAGGUUUUGUCCACCGACAGGAUCCUGACCCGCUCCACGGUCCAGGCGAACCCCAGAACCUCCAGACUCAUCGGCAAGAAGAUGAACCGGUCGGUCAGCCUCACCAUCUACUAAGACUUUAAUCCACCCUGACAGGAAGUGAAACACGAAGGCUCGUGGACCUUUUUAAACAGACUUGGUUGAGAUGAAACAACCUCUUUUGUUUUUCUUUGAGGAGAACCUUGUCAGUUGUGGUGUUGGGUUCCUCCGCCCAAUCAAAGGUGUUGACUGUUGCCGCACCAAACUGGAACUCAUGUCGAUAGACUCUCAUUGCCAACGUAGUCCGGCCCUUUUUCCGAUGGACUUUUGUCAUUCCUCAAAGGUAGUCAUUGUACCUUUUUACACUUUGUCAUUCCUUGAAUUUGCAUAGACGUCAGGCGCUCUCUCCGUUUCUGUCCUUGCACUUCCCUCGACAAAGCCGAAGCCUGUUGGCAGCGGAUCAAACCCGCACUGAAGCUCUCUUCAGUGCGAAUGUACUUGCCGUAGGCGUGCGCACCUUACUGCCUGUCAAAUGCCUGAUGCUGGGUACCAGAGGAUCUGAGGACUGACUGUGUCUGUUUGUGUAAUGGAGCACUUUGGAGGCAACACGUGGAACUUGCCAAAUUUUUCUUUUUUUAAAGAAAGAACAAACCUGCUGCUAUUGAUGUUUUGUGUGUAUCAGGGUUUGGCCAGUUUCAGGUUGGAUCAGUCUAGAGGUUAUUGGCUCUUAUUUUCAAGUAGCAGGAUUCCGUUUCCGCCCCAUUUAGUGUCUUAUGAUUCUGGUCAGAACAAAAUGGAUCAUGCCAUUUACGGAAAAUCAUCAGUUUGUUUUGAAGUACAAACACCAGUGAGCUAACUCAUUAGCAUCGAUCUGUACUGUUUCAAUUGUCCCUGUUGAUUGGUGCUGCCAACCCUGCCUGUAGCAUUAGAACAAUCAUUGUCCUGUUCUUUCUCAUGUGUUCUGUUAGGUGUCUUUUCCUUCCAUGAGGCUCCUCUUUAAUUAUUGUUUAGAAAGGUAUUCCUCAUCUUGUUCUUUUAACCUCUAACACAAAACCGUUGUUGUAACCUGUACAUAUGUUCUUUUAAUAAACUUCUCACCAUCUACA